AGUGAUGCGACCGUCACCGGAAGUACUAAAUAGUUACUAAAGUUGUGGCCGGAAACAUUUGCAGAGUGUGCGGCUGCUUGGCGGGAAGGUUCAUACACGAGCAUAAAGGUAUAGCCAGCAAAGAUGUCUUCUACAUCACAGAAACACAGAGACUUUGUGGCAGAGCCCAUGGGAGAGAAGCCGGUGAAGGCUCUUGCUGGCAUUGGUGAUGUACUGGGAGGAAAGCUUGCUGAUAAGGGCUUUGACAAGGCGUAUAUUGUCUUGGGUCAGUUUCUCGUGCUAAGGAAAGACAUAGAACUAUUUACAGAUUGGCUGAAGGACAUCUGUGGCGCAAAUGCAAAGCAAGCACGUGAUUGUUCUUCCUGUCUAAAAGAAUGGUGUGAUGCUUUCUUGUAAGACUGUUGCCUUCCAAAGUUCAACCUCUGAAGUUCCAAGAACACCCAUGUCUUGUGCAACCUGCAAUAUCCAACUAUGAGCAAGAAGCAUUCAAUUGCCCCUAACUAAAAGACCAGAUGUACAAAGACGACGACGUGCCUCUGGUCACAACAGCUCCCUGUAUUCCUAGAGCUUCUGAAUGUUCAUUGACGAGCCUUUCCAUAUUGUAGAUAUAAUUGUAAUGUCUCUUUAUUCUGACAAAAAAAAUCUUUUAAUGUUUCCAAAGAAUAGCCCAUUGCUGCUUUAUCUUAUAAAAAAAAAACAGGAUAAUCUGUUAUUCAAUCUGACACAAAUUAAAGGGGUUAUCCAGCAUCAGGUCAUCAUUAUCAGGUCAUGAUAGGUCAUCAUUAUCAGAUCAGUAGGGGUCCACCCCGGCAUCUCUC